GGACUUAGACUAAAUACAUAUGGGCCUUAAUUGGGCCUUGGCCCAAACCUUUCUAAGAACGAAACGUGUAAGCUUCUUCUUCUGGGUUUGUAAAUAGCGGCCGUGCGAUUCAGAGAGUGUUGUGUUUGCACAAUGUCCGGCGAGGAAGACGCCACCGUGAGGGAGCCACUAGAUCUGAUUCGUCUGAGUCUCGACGAGAGAAUCUAUGUCAAGCUCCGCUCUGACCGCGAACUCCGCGGCAAGCUUCACGCGUUUGAUCAGCACUUGAACAUGAUUCUGGGUGAUGUUGAAGAAGUUAUCACGACAGUAGAAAUCGAUGACGAGACCUACGAAGAGAUUGUCAGGACGAUAAAGCGCAAUAUCCAGUAUCUGUUUGUGAGAGGAGAUGGAGUGAUAUUGGUGUCUCCACCUUUGAGGACAACCUGAGCUUAAAAAAAACUCAAAUCUGAAGCCUAACUUAAGGAAAGACUCUUUUAAACAAAAAAUCUUUUGUGUCCUCUCUACGAGGAAGGCCUUUGUGACUAGUGGUGUGUAUUUUAUUCAGUCGUGUGUCGUCUAAAAACUCAGAAAACAUCAAUGUUGCUUUGAUUCCAGAAAAAACUCCUUUGGUUUAUCUA